UCUGGACAGUGGAAAAUAUUAUUCUAUAGAUCGUUCUGUAGCUCGUGUCGAGGAGUAUAGUGAAAAAUAAAAACGAAAUCCAUUUUGCGAGGUCUUAUAAAUCGCGUGUGUUACGUAGGCGCCGGACGCCGAGUGGAGUUUCGUAAGGUUUCGUGACGUUUGCGAAAAAAUAGAAACAUCAUAAACCACGUGGGUUCUCUUGCAUCGCCGGUGACGAUUUUGCGCGGAAUUUCUUGGCAGCCUGUUUCUAUUUAAAUACUUCAAUUCCGUCAGUUGAGCGUUCAUUAUAUUAUAGAGCUAUAGUGUUGGGAUGAUACACUAGGUACAAGACUAAUUUAUUGUCGUUAUAAUAUUAUAUUAAAAUUUCACAUCGUCAUGUCUUUCCUCGAUAUCGUUUCGAAAUUCAACCAACAAGCCGACAGCCAUUCGAAAUCACAGUCUUUGAACCCGUUUUCGGAACAAUUCGAACAGUCACGAUCGCCGUCGCCACGAUUUUCCCGGGAGGAAUACGGAAAGCCUAUAGCGGGCUCUAAAACGGAUCUGAGGGGACGAAAAGCAAAGUCACACAUCUGCCGAGAGAUCUUAGAACUGUGCACCGUCAUACACGAUGUCGGCACGUAUAAUACGAAAAAGAGAGACCCCGACGACGAGGACGAACAUGGUAUCGACGACGGUACGAUUAUCGUUAGUUUUGGCGAACUUUUUCAGAUUUACACGAAAAUAUCAGACAAAGUGGUGGGUCUUCUGAUAGCGGCUAAACGCCGCGGUUUCGUGUAUUUCGAUCGGGAAAUACUUUUUCAAAGAAGAGAUGACGAUGUACUGAUUGCUCUGCUAAAACCGAUUUCCGAAAUCAGCAAAAUAUUAAAAGAGGACAUAAAUCAGGCAAACUCGUCGGCACCUGCAGUUGAGUCGAAACCAGUAGAAAAAAAAAAGUCACCGUCAUCCAGUAAAACGAAGCGAGUUAAACCCGAGUGUGAUAAAGAACAAAAUGAAAAUUCAAUCAAUCAUACGACGAUCGGUGACCAACCAAAUGUCAUAUCAGAAGUUACAAAUGGUAAUACGCUAGUCGUAGAAGUCGGAAAUAACGACGACAGUAAAACAAAUUGCGAUCAAUUAAUAAAUGUUGAAGACGUCGUCGGAAACAACGAUGAUCACAAUACGAAUUGUAAUGAGCAAGUCGACAAUAUUAUAUCCGCCGAAGGAGAAUUAGUUAAUAAUGUUAUUGAAAUUUCAGAAAAUAUGGAGAACCAAUGUAUUCAAGUAGACGAUGAUAUAUCGGAAGUAGUGAACGGUUUAAUUAUUGACGAUGAAACUAAAACGAAAGAAAUCGAUGAUUGUGAUGUAGUUAUUGAAAAUAAAAGCGAAGCCUGUGAUUUGGCAUCGGACGACAAUGGCGGCGAAGUGCGGGCGGAAGUCGAAAAUGUUCAAAGCGAAACGUGUGUAGAGAUUAAUAAAACUCAAACGAACGACAGUCAAGUAGACGUGACAGAAGAAAGUAUAAACUACGUCGUCAACGGUACCGAAAAUAUCAUCAAUAACGAACCAGAACACAUAUGUUUGUAAACCAACAGUAUUCGGAUCCGAAUUAGAAAUGUCUAUUUAGUAUAUUUCUUAAAAAAAUAUUCCAUAAAUAAGUUUAAAAUGUAAGUUAAAAAAAAAAAAAAUAGGUACGUACUGCAGGUAACGAGAACAAUACAAUUACCUAUUGAAAUAUACUGCCAACAAAUCUAUCAUUUAGUACUAUUGGAUAAUGUACGUGCAGUGUUUGAUUGCAAUUUAUUAUAAUAUUAUACCAUUUAUCGUAAGCGCCGUAGGAUAAAUUUAAUAACCAUAAUAGAAAUACUUACCUAUACAUUUAUGAAUGCACUGCUGUAGGUUAAUAACAUUGUACAUUAUUUUUUGUAAAUAAUAUUUAUUUUGUGCGUAAAAAUAGAUAGUAGCUAAAACGUGCGUAUUAUAUGGGUAAACGUUUUAAAAUCAUAUAGCUGCUACUGUACGAUGCUUAAUUUUAUUAUAACUGUAUACAUAACUUUAUUUAAAUAUAAAAAUAAGUAGUUCGCUGUACUUUAAAAAAUACAUUUGUAAUUGAGUUUUGAUAAGUAAAUUGAAUUAAUAGGGAAAAGAUUGCAUUCGACGUGAUAAAUUUUCACGUAUUCUAUUUUUUUUUAUUGUUAUUAUUGAAAAUCUUUUUUCUUAAUUUACUAUGAUUUAAACUUAAUACCUAUUACGAUUAAUUAAUUUUAUAAUAUUGUUUAUUUUUAGAUAUAAUUAUAGCAAGAUACAUGAUA